AUGGCCUACAUUUCAGCCUCUUCGAAGUGGUUUUACCGCGGCGAAGGGAACAGAACUCUUGUCAUUUCAAAUCCACAGACUCAAAAAGUCCUUCGCUUGCAAAAGUCAAACGUAGCAUCAACAGAUCAGACAAAUUCAGCUCAAGAUUCGAGCGGAAAAGCUGCGGAAAAGUUGCGGUUAGAACUUGAAAAAAGUAUCAAGCUUUAUCAAGAAGUUUUCACUCCACUGUUGGGCGCGCAAUACGUCGAACAUGGAGCAAUCGUUGAGCUACCGGGAGAGUUUAUGGCAAAUAUUAAAGAUCUGGUUACAUCUGCUAAUACAAAUAGGCCAAAACAUAGACUGAACAAAGAGGUGAAUGGACAGAACAAAUAUGGUAUUUUGAUGCCGGAUUUUUGCUUUGUACCCUCAGGCGACGGGAUUAAUGCUAAUGAGGCUAGCCGGCCUACAUUCUGUGUGGAAAUCAAACCAAAGUGUGGUACGAUGCCAGCUUGUAAAGGGCUUGAAAGUGGUGAAUAUAAAGAUGUGAAGCAUCUAAUUUUUCAAGAUGGUAAUAUGAUGUACUCUGGUGAGACAAUGGCACCAUCAUGUGGUUCAAUGGUUGAAAGUGAAACAACCGAGCAGGCACCAUCAACUAUGGGUUCAAACGAACACCACCUACACCUGUCAAAACUUGAAGAGUUCCUAAGUCAUUCAUUUCUUGACAAGUCAAGUAGUGUUAAUGCAAACGAAAACACAAAUGCUAAUCCUAGAAAUGUACAAAUAAACGCUAAUUAUGACCAAGUGCAUGCAAAUAUUAAUUAUAAAGGCAAGAUUACUGAUUGUUGCAUCACCAAUGGUAACUCAUUGGCACAUGUAAACAAGCACUCAGUAACAAGUAAAUUAGAUAGUCUUACAAAGUUCCUAAUUGCAGCCAGCGCUAAUGAUUGCUCCAUAAUGAUCUCAUUUCAAGAAGUUAUUGGUCCUUUGGCAAACUCAAAUUGCUUUCGAGAUCUUCUCACUGGUAGAGUUUAUAAAUACUCAAUUGCCAUAGUUGAUCUGGACCAGAAGUUGGCUGAUCGUAUUCCAAAGUAUUAUAAGGAAUAUAAUGAUAUAAUUGAUAAUUAUCUUAGCUUUAAAAACAAUGUGGAAUUGUAG